AUGACAUGGUGCAACAGCUUCAACGACGUGCGUGCCGUGGAGAACAACCUGGCCACCGCCGCGGCCGUGGCCGCCGCCAAGAAACAGCAGCAGGCCUCCUCCCACGUCAACCUUAUCAGGACCUGCCCCUCCUGCGGCCACCGCGCGCAAUAUGAACAGGUGCAGGCGGCGGCGACGAUCCAGGACCUGCCGGGGCUGCCGGCCGGCGUGAAGUUCGAUCCGACGGACCAGGAGCUGCUGGAGCACCUGGAAGGGAAGGCGAGGCCGGAUGCCCGCAAGCUGCACCCGCUCAUCGACGAGUUCAUCCCCACCAUCGAGGGCGAGAACGGCAUCUGCUACACGCAUCCGGAGAGGCUUCCUGGUGUCGGCAAGGACGGCCUCAUCCGGCACUUCUUCCACCGCCCGUCCAAGGCUUACACGACCGGGACGCGGAAGCGGCGGAAGGUCCACACCGACGAGCAGGGCGGUGAGACGCGGUGGCACAAGACGGGCAAGACCCGGCCGGUCUUCACGAACGGCAAACUCAAGGGCUACAAGAAGAUCCUGGUACUCUACACCAACUACGGGAAACAGCGGAAGCCGGAGAAGACGAACUGGGUGAUGCAUCAGUACCACCUGGGGUCCGACGAGGAGGAGAAGGACGGCGAGCUCGUCGUCUCCAAGGUGUUCUACCAGACGCAGCCGAGGCAGUGCGGCAGCGGUUCGGCGAUGGCCAAGGACGCCGUCCCGCUCGCUGCUGCCAUUGCGGCGACUGAUCACCACCACCACCACCAUGACGAUGGCAACAGCAUGCUGAAGGAGGCAGGCAUUGUAGAUUUCUACAGCCCAGCGGACCUAAUCGGCUACAACCAGGCGGCGGCUCCGACCAACAGGGCGGCUGCUUCUGCUCACCUGAUGCCUAACUUUGAGGUGCACACUACAGUGGGGGCGGCUGGCUUUGGUCCCUGA